AUGAAAAGGAUUUUUAUUGAAAGUUUAAAUUGUAUUCCCCAAAAACUUAGUGUAAAUUUGGCAACAGGCAGAAGUCAAGAUUAUUUAAGGUUUAUUCCUCAACUUGAACAUUCAUUUUACAUCGUUGAUGGAAGAGACCAAAUGAUUUUCACACAACUAAAAACAUCAGAAAAUGAACGCAAAGUAAAGGAUGGUAGAUAUUUUACAUUUAAACAUCACUGUAGUGGGCUCAAAACAGAAGUUUAUGUUAACUGUGAUGGAAUGGCUGUUAAAGUGUCAAAUACUCAACAAUGCGCAACAAAUGAUUUAACUGUCUACAAGUGUAAUUGGGAUCCCAGUUUUGUUUUGGAAAAUGAAUGGGUACUUGCAGAUAGUGGAUACAGAGGAGUCGGACAAACUUUGAUACCUUAUCCCAAAACUGGAAAAAACGAACAGAUUGUAUUAACAGAAGAUUACUUGAUCAAUAUGAGUCUAAUGAUGAAUGGUUCUGAACAUAGAUUGAGAAUUAGAGGAAACUUCGAAGGAACUUUAAAAAACGAUGUAUUUAAAGGAGGUGUAAGUGGUUCUGUUGUCGAUAUAGUUCACUAUGAUACGGAAACAGUGCAGGAAAUAGAACUAUACACGUUGUUCAGACAAGUUGACGUGACAGAAAGAGAUGCCAAAUGUAGGGUGUGUUGCACUACAACUUUUGAAACAAAAUUUGAGGAUGUUUCAAACUCAACAUAUCAAAUCUUGGGCGUGCUCGAAGUUUCGAAUGUUGAGUCUAUUAUUGAUUCGAACCAUUUUGAAUGUGAGCGGGGCACAAUUGAAUGUGAAUCAAUGAUGUUAUUAACAAAAGUAGACAAUUCACUUAUUAAAGCGUACAAUGCAGUUCACUCAAGUGUCAGAAUUCUCGUUGAAAAUCAUUUUGGUCGACUGAUACUAUCAUUUAAGUUGAUGAGAAACAAAUACGGGCUAUUAAAAAGAGAUUAUGAGUCUCUAGUCAAUAUUGCUCAUUCACUUUGUAAUUACCACAUAUCAAAAAAGCCAUUAAGAAAGUUUCCUUUUUAUCUCUUCAAAAGAAUGGCAGAUGGAGAUUAUUCGACCCCUAUUGGAACAACCCCAAUUCAACUCCCACGAAUUGCUGGAGAAAUUGUGUCAAAAUUGAGUGGAGAGUAUCAUAGAGCAAAACUAGUUCACAACGAAAACAAUUUAAGACAAUACAAUUCAAUAAACGAAUUUCUGGGUGUUGGAAAUUCUUCAAGAGCAAUUCAACAAAUAGUUAUUCCAACUGAACCACAUUCUUCAACUACAAAUGAGUUAAUUGAUGAUGCCACAUCAUUACUGAGACCUUUUCCAGUGGAGAAGUGGGAGAAAUCAUUUUUUCAGAAAGUUUAA